AUGCCGCCCACGACAUUGCGAUCGAGGAGAGGCGUGAGCAACGUGGGGCGACGACCAACUUCCACCACAUCAGACGAGGAAGAGCUCCCUGAAGGCAACCUGGACGACGAAAACACCGCCGAGUCUGGAGCCGCCGAUCAUGAAGGCGACGAGGAUGAACUUCCAGAACACGACGAUCUCGACGAAGAAGAAAUAGACGACGAAGACGAAGACGACGACGACGACGACGACGAACAAGAAGAACAAGACCAACAACAACAAGAAGAAGAGGACGAACCCUUCCCUCCCCCCGGCCUCAAAGAAAUCUCCUCCCUCGCAUCAUGGACCGUCAGCACCGCCAAGCCAGGCAACGGCGUCCUCGCCCUCCGCUCCGCAGACGUGGCACAAUUCUGGCAAUCCGACGGCCCACAACCCCAUCUCCUCAGCAUCCACUUUUUCAAACUCGUCUCCAUUGUCCGCAUGAGAAUCUACCUCGACUACCUCAGCGACGAAUCCUACACGCCGACCAAAAUCCAAUUCCUGGCGGGAAUGGGCGUGCACGAUCUCCUUGAAUUUGCCGAAAUGAGUUUUGAGCAACCGACGGGUUGGAUCGAUGUGGAUUUCACGAAAGUGGGACCACCCCGGGGGCAUCAUCAUCAAGCAUUUACUACUGUUCAUGGUGAUGGCGGUUCUGAAGAUGAUGAUGAUGAAGACGAUGAAUUAUCUCCCCCCGUCCUACGAGCCUUCCUCGUGCAAGUCCGCAUUCUGGAAAAUCACCAAAAUGGAAAAGAUACCCAUCUCCGUGCGGUGCAACUUUUUGCGAGAGACGAUGCUUCUCAGCCAGCAGCAGCAGCAGCAAAGCCCGCCGUGCAUCAUGUCAAAUCUCCUGCUGCUGCAACUGCAACUGUAACUGAUGCAAUGAUGCAGCAGCCGCGUAAGAAAAAGUCUCGCGCUCCACCGAAGAACUGGAUCGGGAUGAUGGAUCCUGAUAUUCGAUGA